GGAAGCAAGGAUUUCUUACGUGCAAAGUGAGCUUAGGUCGUGAUACAGAAAUCGAAUAUAGCUUCAAUUUCUACUUGGAUGAAGAACUUAGUGAGUGGGGAAGAGAAGUUUAGAUUAAUUCCGGUUCGGAGAGUACCUGAGGAUCCAAUGGAGGUUAGGCUAGUGCAAACGAGAAGGCCUAAUGAGAUUAAGAAAGCUACAAAAACGCCAGAAGAAAGAAGGAAAGAAAUUGAGGUUAGAGUUGCUGCUGCUAGGUUGUUGCAGCAGCAGAAAUCUGAAGCAGCUUCUUCUUCACCACUGUUGCAAAGCACGGGAGAUAAGAAUGGGCUGGAUUUACCUUUGGGAAGUGGUAGGAGGAGGAGAAGACUGGUUCUACAGCUGAAAGGAAAGAUUGGGUUAGAUCAUUUUGGAAUUCAAUGAGUAUUGAUUUGAAGAGAGAUCUGCUUAGGAUUAG